AACACGAUGAAGCUCAUCAUCCUGGACCACUAUUCUCAGGCCAGUGAGUGGGCCGCCAAGUACAUCAGGAACCGCAUCAUCCAGUUUCACCCCGGACCAGACAAGUACUUCACCAUGGGGCUCCCCACCGGGAGCACCCCACUUGGCUGCUACAAGAAGCUAAUUGAGUACUAUAAGAAUGGAGACCUGUCCUUCAAAUAUGUGAAGACCUUCAACAUGGACGAGUAUGUGGGUCUUCCUCGAGAGCACCCAGAGAGUUACCACUCCUUUAUGUGGAACAACUUCUUCAAGCACAUUGACAUCCACCCGGAAAACACCCACAUUCUGGAUGGGAAUGCAGCUGACCUGCAGGCUGAGUGUGACGCGUUUGAGGAGAAGAUCCAGGCUGCAGGCGGGAUUGAGCUGUUUGUUGGAGGCAUCGGCCCCGACGGACACAUUGCCUUCAAUGAGCCGGGCUCCAGUCUGGUAUCCAGGACCCGUGUGAAGACGCUGGCCAUGGACACCAUCCUGGCCAAUGCUAGGUUCUUCGAUGGAGACCUCGCCAAGGUGCCCACCAUGGCCCUGACGGUGGGUGUGGGCACUGUCAUGGAUGCCAGAGAGGUGAUGAUCCUCAUCACAGGUGCUCACAAGGCGUUUGCUCUGUACAAAGCCAUUGAGGAGGGAGUGAACCAUAUGUGGACCGUGUCCGCCUUCCAGCAGCAUCCCCGCACCGUGUUUGUGUGCGAUGAGGAUGCCACCCUGGAGCUGAAAGUGAAGACCGUGAAGUAUUUCAAAGGUUUAAUGCUUGUUCAUAACAAGUUGGUGGACCCCUUGUACAGUAUCAAAGAGAAAGAGACAGAGAAAAGCCAGUCUUCUAAGAAACCAUACAGUGAUUAACCUGUGCUAAUCCUAGUGCCAGGCACCUCACCGGGACAGGCAGGUCUUUCUGGAAAUUGUCUUGGGGAAGGAAUUGUGUUUUUUUCAUCCAGUAUGAUUACUCUGGAUAAAUGGUUGAACUUAACUGUUCUUGGCUCUGCAGUGUGGAGCCUAUUCAUGGAGUUUAGCUAUAGCAGAAAUGACUUGUCUAUAACUUAUUAAUCAGAAAAAAAAAUCACUCCAUAUUUUGAUGUCUGCUCUACACAGAUUAGGGUUUCGGCUUUGUGUUCUGCCUGACACUGUUCACACGUACAACACACUCCUGUCAGGAAUCUAUCAUCAUGUGCAGAUUCUCAGCUGGGCAAACAGGCUUGUGGUAUUGGACAAACACUCUUUGGAGAGGCUUCAGAGCCCCCUUGACCGGCUGCCCCUUAUUUGAGAAGCACUGCUCCAGGUGAAGGGACAAACUCAAUGGCUAAAGUCGGCAUAAGGAGGCAGUCCCUCUGGUCAGUAACAAGUGCCAUGGAGAGAAAACUGCCCCUUACUUUCUUUCCUCAGUUUCUUUCUCUCUCUCUCUCUCUUCUCUCUCUCUCUCUCUCUCUCUCUCUCUCUCGUCUCUGUCUCUCUCUCUCUCUCAGUUGGCCUUCCCAUGAACCCUGAGGACUCCUUGGGGGAGGACUUAGGAAGAGAGGGCUAAAGAGAAGGCUUUGCUGAUAAGCUCAGAGCCUUGAAAGGCUCAGCAACGUCAAACUCCUCUCCCUCAGGGACCCUCCAGCACCUGAGGAAGGCGAGAAAGGCGGAAACCCUUUUCCCACCAGAGCCCUGUGUUUUUGUUCCAAGGCCUCCCUGUGGCACCCCCUUUUACAUACUCAUUAAUAGUAGAAGGCCCCCUGGGGCAACAGACGCUGGCACGGUUUCAAUGUGUUCAGCCAAGGUGCUAGGGGCUGGACAAGCAGCUCAAUGGUGAGUUUAGUCACAACACGAGUGACAUGCUCUCCUGCUUCCCUAGGAGCUGAGUGCCAAGACAAUAUACAAAUGCUUCUAAGGCUGCCUUUCCCCACCUAACUGCCCCUCUCAUCUCUCGGGUUCAUGUUGUGUGCUCUGAUGUUUCUAGAACAUCAGGAAAUAGAACCCCUUUGUCCCUUUAUCCUUUACCCCUGCUCACAAGAUGAGUCUAUUGCUGUCUUCCUUCUACCCUCUUACACCUCCUCCCCCCACCUUUGUGCCUGUUUCAAGCUGCUGCCGCCUGUUUCUCAUGAUCUUUGAAAGCCAGCUCAAGCCUCUAAGUGCUGUUUGGUACCAGCAUUUUGUCUUUUUAUACGUGAUUGUCCUGUCAUUCUGUUUUAAGUUGAUAGUUCAGUAGGCCUGUUUACAAUGUUAUAUUUUCUAUUAAAUCCAAUGUUUUCAAAUUGGUCAUUUAUGGACUUCUACCACCCCCACUCUCCCAAAGGUUAGAAGAUGGUCUGGGUUCAUAUAUAUUUUUGGAAUAGCUGGUGAACAAAGCUUUAUACUCACUCCUCACAACAGCUCUGCCGGAAGUCACAAUCAUAGCAACUGUUGAUCUUUUUCAUUUACUGGCGGAAAGAAAGUAUGUCAUAAAAGUGAGUUGAAAAGCACCUGUGUGAAAAAUGGUAGGAAUGAAAAGUUGAGCAAUAAAUUGUUCAUGUUCUACCUGUACUUGGGAUCCAAACAAGGAUACAGCUAUUAAAAACAGUAAGGCAGAUCUGUGACCAGGAGGAUAUAAAAAUAAAAACUGCAUGGUAUGGAAAA